AUGUUCUCUACUAGCAGCCAAAGAAAGUUUUGGACUUUCAGUGAUGAAAAUGAGCUGGCUCGUCAUCGUGAAAAACACAACAUAGGAUUUAUUUCAAAACAUGGACACCACAUCGAUGAAUAUCAAAGAUAUAAUUUCUUUUUAUCACCUGAGGAAGAAAGGCUAUUAUUGAAACAAUAUGAGCUCCAUCUUAAGGAAUUCUGCAAGAGAUUUACACCACCGAUGCCAAAAGGAGUAGUUGGAACAGCCUUUCAUUAUUUUAAGAGAUUCUACUUGUAUAAUUCUACAAUGGAUUACCAUCCUAAAGAGAUUUUAGCUACAUGCGUAUAUUUGUCGUGUAAAGUCGAAGAAUUUAAUGUUUCCAUUGGUCAAUUUGUUGCAAACAUUAAAGGUGAUAGAGAAAAGGCAUCGGAUAUAAUAUUAAAUAAUGAGUUACUAUUAAUGCAGCAACUCAAUUAUCAUUUAACUAUACAUAAUCCAUUUCGACCAGUAGAAGGAUUUUUAAUUGACAUAAAAACAAGAUGCACUUUGGCUAAUCCAGAGCGUCUAAGAAGUGGUAUAGAUGAGUUUCUUGAGAAAGUAUUUUUAACUGAUGCCUGUUUACUGUAUGCACCAUCUCAAUUAGCUUUAGCUGCAGUGUUACAUGCUGCUAGUAAGGAACAAGAGAAUUUGGACAGCUAUGUUACAGAUAUGCUAUUCCGUGAUGCUGGGUCUGAUAAAUUAGCAAUACUCAUUGAAGCAGUACGUAAAAUUCGUUCAAUGGUUAAAAUGGUUGAAAGUCCACCUAGAGAAAGAGUUAGAAUAAUAGAGAAAAAGCUAGACAGAUGCCGAAAUCAAGAGAAUAAUCCUGACAGUGAAAUUUAUAAGAGAAGAAUGAGAGAGGCUCUUGAUGAAGAUGACUUGCCUCACACUGGCUCCAGUAGAAUGUCAUUAGAUACUAGUGGCAUUUCACAGGUACUGUCCCCUUCUGCUUCA